UCCGAACUAGUUCGAAAUUAUUCAAUAAACUCUUCCGUCUAUUUACUAGAUCUUACAAUUCUAUCUAUUUGUUCGAACAUUUAUUCUAUUUAUUUAUUAGAACAAACUAUUCCUGUUUUGGUCACUCGCUACUUCCUCUCUUUGUCUAACACUGUGGAGGCAGCACUGUUUACCUGUGAAGCGUCAACCAAUCAGAGAGAAGCAGUCUCUGUACCUACCAUCAUAUUUCCGACAUCGCUCAGUACAUCAUUUGACGUGAGUGAGUUUAGAUUCUACUCAGGUUUGAUUGUUUCUAGAUUUUAUUUAAUACUUAUCAUGGGUUGUGAUGGUGGAACUAUUCCUCGUAGAGACGAGCUUGUCAGAGUAAAAAAGAAACCAGAACAGAAAGAUAAAGAAGCAGAACUUGCAUUUAAAUGGCGACAUUGUACCAUAAAACAACUACCGUUGCAGCCACCAGUGGUUGGUUGUGGUUUAGGACGUUUGUAUAGUAAAGAGUCUGUUUUGGAAGGUCUUCUUGAUAGAAGUACACUUCCAGAAUCAGCACAACAUAUAAAAACCUUGAAAGAUGUAAAAAAUUUAAAUUUAACUGCAAAUUCAGCAUUUGAAGCUAAUAAAGCUGAGAAAGGGGAUUGUUAUACAGACGGAGGUAAAAGUCCAUAUAUUUGCCCAGUUAUUGGAUUAGAAAUGAAUGGCAAAUAUAAAUUUUGUUUCUUAUGGUCGUGUGGUUGCGUAAUGAGUGAGCGUGCACUUAAAGAGAUUAAGAGUACGAUAUGUCACCAAUGUCAACAACCGUUCUGUGAGAGUGAUAUUGUUAUUAUAAAUUCGGAGGCUGAUGAUCUCAAAAAAAUGGAAGAAAAUAUGACAAAUCGGAAGGCUAUGCAAAAGAAAUCAAAGAAACGAAAAUGUGAUGAAAAUACUUCUGGAACUCAAGAUGCUAAACAAGAUGAAGUAUCAAAGGAGAAAAUUAAAAAGGAAGAUAGAGUUGCCAAUAUUAAAAUAAACAGCAAGAGAAAUGAAGCAGAAGAUCCAGCAUAUAAGAAAGUAAAAGGUAACUACAGUGUUGCUAAGGACCCCAAAGCAUCAGAAGUUUUUAAAAGUCUUUUCACCUCCCACAAAUCUGCAUCAGAACAAGAUAGAGCACAUUGGAUUACAUAUAAUCCAUUCUAUAAUUGAAGUAUUAAUAAUUUCAAUGUAAAAUUUAAUUACAUACAAUAUCAUUAAACAAAUAAAUAAUAUUAUAUACAGA